AUGAAGUUUGACCAUGCCGGCAAAGUGCAGCAGGUGCACCCUGUUGCGGGCAUGAACGUUGCCGCUCGCAAGAAGGCAUGCCGUGAAAUCAUCGAGGCCAACCGCACAUGCGGCGAGGCUUUCUUCCUCACCGACCUGCACGACAUCUGGUGCAAGCACAGGACAUGGCAGGCCAUGUUGCCUCGCAUCGAGCCUUUCUAUGCCAUCAAGUGCAACAGCGAUCCCGUCAUCCUCAAGGCCCUCGCUGCCCUCAACCUUGGCUUCGACUGCGCCUCUGCAAAAGAGAUUCAGGCCAUGCUGGACCUGGGCGUGGCCCCAGACCGCAUCAUCUUCGCCAACCCAUGCAAGGCCCUGUCCCACUUGCUCUAUGCCAAGGAGAAGGGUGUUAAGCUCAUGACCUUUGACAACGAGAACGAGCUGCUCAAAUGCGCCGAGCACUUUCCCUCCGCACGGCUGGUGCUGCGUGUGUUGGCGGACGACUCCAAGGCGGUGUGCCGACUGGGCCUCAAGUACGGCGCACGCCCCUCCUGUACGCUGCGGCUGCUGCAGUUGGCACGAACCCUGCACCUCAAUGUUGUGGGCGUCAGCUUUCACGUCGGCUCCGGCUCCACAGAUGCGUCCGCCUUUGCCGAUGCCGUGUACCGCGCACGUGCCGUGUUUGACCAGGCGCUGUCCCUCGGGUUCCGCCCAACGCUGCUCGAUGUUGGCGGCGGAUUCCCGGGUACAACGUACACCAGCGCCAUCUCCUUUGAUGCCAUUGCCUCGUGCCUCACCCGCGCCGUGGACGAGUGCUUCCCGCCGUCCUGCGGUGUGCGCGUGAUUGCAGAGCCAGGCCGCUUCUACGUUGCGUCGGCGUGCUGCCUCGCCGUCUCCGUCAUUGGCAAACGCACCCCACACGAGGUCGCUGGCGACCACAACAACAACAACAGGCGUGCCAUCGACACAACCGGGAAUGGACACGGUAGCUCAGCCCGAUGCCACGAUGUGCCUGCUGCUGCUCCUCGUGUUGUCGGUGGCUGUGACGCUGGCGAUGACCGUGCCGAUGCUGCUCACGCCACACCGCGCGCCAGCGGCAUGCGUGAUAUGGACAGCAGCGCGACCAGCAGUGGCAGCAGCAGUGACAGUGAUGGCGAAGACGAAGGAGACGAAGAUGAUAGUGUCCUGCUGGGUGCAACGGGUCGCGGCACAACACGAGUGGAGUGCACACGCGCUGACGGCAGCGACGGCACCAUUCUUGCAGCGAAAGCGCGACCAGGAGAGCGACACAACAAGGGCCGCGAGCGUGCUGUGAGCAUGCGGGCGCCCCGUCAGGAGUCACCACCAUCGCCAACAACGCCGUCACUCUCGGCCUCCACCUCCUGCCCAGCAUCGCGCCCCUGCUCACCGACUCGUCACUAUCAGCAGCACCAGGUGCAGGAGCAGGAGCAGCAACACGAUUCGCUUGAGCACGACCAAGACAAGCAGUCGCUCAUGCUGUAUGUGAAUGAUGGGGUGUACGGGUCGUUCAACUGCAUCCUGUUUGACCACGCGGUUGUGCGUGGAGAGGUGCUGCUGAGCCGGUGCGAUGUGCAGCGCGCCCCGCCGCUCACCUGCAGUAUCUGGGGGCCGACCUGCGACUCCAUGGACUGCAUUGAGAAGCGUGCUUCCCUGCCGGAGCUGGAGGUUGGCGACUGGCUCUUCUACCCCGAUAUGGGCGCAUACACGUCGUGCGCUGCCAGCACCUUCAACGGCUUUGACAAGCCCAUGCAGUUCUACACGUUCAGCGCGGACGCGAGCUUUGAUGCGACGCAGCACCUGCCCGCCUCGUUUCCGUCCUUUGUGUUCCCGCUGCUUGGUGACAGUGGUGGUCAUCAUGCUGUCAACGAUCACCAUCGUCAUCACGACUCCACCGCAGCAGCAGAGAUGAACGACUGCCGCCUCGCUGUCGCGGCCGAUAUCAGCGCGUGA